GACGAUCUGACGACCUGACGAAUUGCAACGAGGGCUGUACGAGAGAAACGACGAACGAAUGGAUUGAAUAAGUGACCUUUUCUUUUUAUCUUGGCUCUUAGGAGAAUGGGUACCUGGCGUCGGCUUUGGGAGCUAUGGAGCGAUUUGUGUAAAGUGGCUUUUUCUGGUCUCCUUUUUUGGGAAAGGUGGAGGACAUUUGACGACCUUCGUAGAGAUUGUCGAGUCUGUUUGCCUUUGGUUUUUGCUAUUGCUUUUUAUUGUUUUUUCCGUUAUUCCUUUAUUCGAUGGGAUACAUGGUUUUUUGCUGUUGGAUCCUGUCUUGGGAUUCUGGACCUUCUUCGCUUCUUUGUUCUUUUGACGUUGUCUUCUUUUUCGUGGGGACGAGCCUUUUUUUAUUCUUCUGUUUCGAUCGCGGAGAUACCUUUUGAGCUUAUACUGUCUUUACAGCCUUGGAUUUCUGCCGAGCCUCUUUUUUUCUUUUUCCUUUUUUUUCGAGAGGGAGGGGGAAAUGAGAGAUGGGGAUGGGGAUGGGGAUGGGGAUGGAUGGAUGGCAUGUUAUGCCAUGGCAUGGGGGGAUGGGGCGGUGGAAAGGUUUAAAGGGGAGGAAGGGAAGGUGUAACUUAGUGAUACGUAGUAUACAGCAACGCCAUUAGCAGGGGCAAUCAAGUCAAUCAACAACCGAUGAUGACGAUGACGACGACGACGACGACGCUCGCCAAGUACAGUACAGAACAGGCGAAUACGAGCGAGCGAGGGCAGCGAAAUAAAAGCAAAUAUC